GUCGUGUCUUCCCUCUCUCGUACGGCAAAGGGAACGUACGACGAAUCCCCCCGGAGGGUCGCUAACGCGGAUCGCCCCAUUUUCAUCCCCUCUCCCCCCCCCCCCCCGCCCGAGAAUCGGGCUAGUCUCAUCCCAGCUUCAUCAUUUAUCCUUCGCGAUGAUGGGAAAACCAAUGGUGAUUAAUACGGAAAACGGAGAAUCGGAUAACGCUCCAAAUAUCGAUGACACCGACGGCGCCUCCUCCCUCGGCACUCCCGACAUUCUCAACCCCUUUGUGCAUCGGCUCGAGCUCGGCUCCACGUACGACAAGCUCAAGACGAUAUUUCUAACAAUCGCCCUCCUGCCGUUCAGAUUAGCUGCAAUCACGACUUUGAUGAUCCUGGCGUGGUUGUUGGCCUGCCUCGGUCUGCAUGGAUUGUCCGAGGAAGAUCUUCGACGAGCUCCUCUCAAGGGAUGGAGGCGAGACAUGCGCGUCGUGAUCUGCUGGAUGAUGCGGGCGUUAUUUCUCUGCGGUGGAUUUCAUCAUCUGAAAGUCAAGGGCCGGAAGGCGGAAACUAAGGACGCACCGGUGCUGGCUCUCGCCCCGCAUUCCAGUUUCUUCGAUGCACUUCCGGUCGUGUACCUCGGCGGGCCGAGCAUCGUUGCCAAAGGGGAGAGUAGUCGCCUUCCUUUUUUCGGAAGUAGGUCGCCCAUCGCAUUAUCAUCUCUUGUGAAUCAAAUAAAAUUAGUGCCAUGGAUAUGUUUCGUUGGCCGACUGACUUACCAGGCCGGCGGGAUGAAAAUCGUAGUACGAGGAAGGCAGGCUUCCAGAACGGAAGCCCCGAUUCUGGUCCUCGCGCCGCACUCGACCUUUAUCGACGGCGGCAUCGUUUACGUCACCGGAUUCCCCUCGAUCAUCGUCAGGCGGGAGUCGGGAUUGAAUCCGUUUAUCGGAAAUACACACACGAGCUUGCGAUCGAGACGCAUAUCGCAUAUCUUCGCGUCUCCUGAUGCAAUUGACCCGACGCCGUUCUCUCCACAGGUUAUGAUAUUUCCCGAAGGGACCUGCACAAACCGGUCGUGCUUGAUCACGUUCAAGUCGGGCGCGUUUUAUCCCGGGGUACCGGUGCAGCCGGUGUGUAUCAGAUAUCCCAACAAAUUGGACACGGUUACGUGGACAUGGGAAGGCCCUGGCGCAUUGAAAUUGCUAUGGUUGACGUUGACGCAGUUAAACAGCAGCUGCGAGAUCGAGUUUCUUCCCGUCUAUAAUCCGAGCGAGGCGGAAAAACUGGACCCCAAGCUGUACGCAAACAACGUACGACGUCUUAUGGCGGAAGCAUUGAAGAUUCCCGUUUCGGAUUAUACGUAUGACGAUUGCCGGAUCAUUAGAAAGGCCCAUCAGUUACAUCUUCCACAUGCGUCCAAUAUCGUAAAAAGCCAUAAGCUUCGGUACAAAUUAGGUUUAGUGGCAUCGAAAACUGAGGAAGAACUCGUCCAGAAGAAGACGAAUAAUUUUGGCGAGGUGAAUCUGCAGGAAUUCGCACAGAUCCUUAGAUUGGACGACAAGGAUCCAACCACCCAACAAUUAUUUCGCAUUCACGACAAGUUCGGGCAAGGAAAAAUCGAUCUCGAGGAGUAUAUCUUCACCGUCUUGGCGACGGCGAACGCGUCUUCAGAACUAGACAAGGUCGAGAUUGCAUUCGAUAUAUGCGGCUCGAAAACAGCAACGUGUUUGACGCAGUCGGAGCUCAGGAAAGCCUUGAGGUUAUCGUUACGCAUGCAACCAGAGGAAUCCGACAGGAUCUUUCAGCAGGCCAGAAACGACGAGAACGCUUACACAGUCAGCUUCGAUGAUGUUCUGACACAACUAUCGAGCCGGACGGAAUAUGCGCAUUUGUUUGCUGGGAGUAACGAAAGUUCCAAGAAGGCCAUUUGAAAGUGUCUUCUGCAGCCCGAUGUUUCUUCUAGAGGACAUCGAGGCAGGCCUUUCCUUAGUCCUAUCUGCUCUACUCCCGUAUGAGAAACGAAUCCAAGGUGCUUCGAUGAUCUUAAAACGAAACAAUUUCCUCGUCUACGGAAGCUGCAGUUGCAUGUAAGCGGCAAUUUAGACAGCUAGCCCACGUCUUUCCUAUAAUCCUGUAAAUUAGACAAAGUCGAGGAUUUAGUGACAGAAACCUAGAAUUCUAAAUGAUUCUAGAUUUGAUAUAAUCCAUGAGUAAUUUAGCAAAGAUUCUAGAAUCUGUGAAAUAUGAAGACCCAAAGAUACGCGAUGUAUUCUAGACUCCAAGGAUAUAGAGACUCAGAGAUUCACGAUCUAAAGGUCGAAGGUAGAGACUUGAAAAUCAAGAGAUCUUGCGAAAAUUUGGAAAUUGUAAAGCCGAAGAAUCUGUAAAAACAUCCUAUUAACUGCUUUUGAAAAUAAGCUAGAGUACGAAAAUUCAAGACUCCUCAGUAAGGCUCAUUUCCAAGUGAAGAUUUGACAAGUGUCAAAAUCCGUAAAGGAAAAGCGAUUCCUGCACUUUUUGUUGUACAGUAUGCAUUGUAGAAUACGCAGUUGAGCCAUCCGCUCACUAAGCUUUUCGAUAGAAGAGAUCUGUGACAAAGAGCUUGGAUAUUUAGAGGAAAAGGAGGGGAAGUAACGACAUAAUUUAUUUUUUGACUCGACGGUCAACUUUGCAAUAUCCGGUGCAUAUGUACAAACAUGUGAUUAUUCACGGGAAUAUACAUACGCGCUAAGUUGUGUACAUACUUGUUGCACACUGUGAACCAGCAUGUAGAUAAACACAUACACACACAAAUAUGCAUAGGAGUGAUAUGAAGAGAAUUGGGCGAAUCGAUCGGGCAUACCGUCUAUGUAUGCGCGCGCAAGUGCGUUUAUGUUUGUGUACGUGUAUAUGUAUAUAAAAAGAGGAUACAUGUAUGUGUAUGUAUACACAAUCCAAGAGAUUAUACACUUUGUAAUAUCUGUAUAUGAACUAAAUGGCCAAAGUUUAACAGCGCGCAUUGUUAACGGUCAUUUUUGAGUUAAACACAGAUAUGUUGAGUUAUAGAACGUUUUACUACAACGUAUGUUGAAAUAACAGUAUUUAUUGAACCGAGACUUUUGCUUUCAUGUGUGCGUUGAAAUAUUAUACCGAUGAACUUUAGCCAAAGAAACCGUUUAUUUAAAUGUUUCAUUAAAUGAAUGCUUAUUACAUGAACGACUAGCAACUAUAUGUUCGAAAUAAUCUUAAGUUUAAUAAUCUUUUUAACGAAAAAUGCAGUUUGAUAGAGAUGCCUGAAUACAUAUUAGAUUGAUUGACGGUAGGUAAUAUGAAUUUUUAGCACAAAGUGAAAGCGAUUUAGACAAAACUCAGCGGUUUAUAUGGCGACGUGGAGAAGAAACGACGCGCUCGUGCAGCGAUGUAAAGCGUGUAAAGUAUCUGUAACUCCGACCUGAAGAUAUAAAGAUUUAAAAACG